AUGUCGGUUGCGCAUCUUCUCGAAGCGUUCUUACUAAUUAGAUGUGAAGAGCGGACAUUUGAGGAUCUGUUUGCGAACGAUCUGUACACUAGAAAGAGAGCAUCGAAUGUCAUUAACUUUGAUCAUAUCCCUUUGGAAGACCAGAUUGUAUGCUUAUUUCCUGGUCAAGGCGCCCAGUAUGUUGGUAUGGGAAGCAAG